AGAAAUAAAUCUUGAUGUUUUUUGGAGAUGAGGACAUUUUUUACUUAUGAAUCAUCGGAAAAACGGGGGAGAAAAAAGAGAAAAGAUUUGAGUCAUGUGGGGAUUUACACCCCAAAUGAAUCACGAUGGUGCAACAAUCCAAMCAUCUCCAGUGUUUCUGUCAUCGGCAGUUAGUUUCCCUUUAUGCCUCUGAGGUGAACGGAACCAGAGGAACUCCGUGUUCCAGGCCUCAGCAGGCUCAGACCCGCAGGUCCGGCUUUUGUGGGCGGAGGCAGUUCGUGGGUGGCGAUAGUUAAAGCAGAUUCCGUGGAAGAGGAUCUUUAACGCCGUGCAGCCUUCCUGAAGCUGUAGAGCCCGGCUGAGAUGGCGCUGGUGGGGAAAACCGCGGUGGUGACCGGAGCGGCCAUGGGGAUCGGGAGAGCCUUGGCGGAGAUCCUGCUGGAGAACGGAGCCAAGGUGGCUCUGCUGGACAUUAACGAGGCUGCAGCAGAGCGCCCCCUGCAGGCCCUGGAGCAGCAGUUCGGAGCAGAGAAGACCAUCUUCCUGAAGUGUGACGUUGAAUCCGAGGAGCAGAUCAGAGGUAGCGUGUUAAAACACGGAGCUGAGCUGAGAGCCAGAAGCUUUUCCACAACGUCUGUCAGAAACCAGAAAGACGACAAACAGGAUCAGAUGGGUGUGAUCAGAGGGACCUACGCGGCUCUGGAGCAGAUGAGCCGGCUGAGCGGCGGCCGCGGCGGCGUCAUCGUCAACAUGGCCUCCAUGGCAGGAAUCGGUCCGUUUCUGAGCUGCCCCUCUUACACAGCAAGCAAGUUUGGAGUGGUGGGAUUCACCCGAGCCAUGGCCGUAAGGAAACUCUGAUAUUAAUUAUAUACCACAGAUUAAUAAUCAGAUACGAAAUAAUCUGCAGCUAYAAUUUAGUAACCGAUUGUUAAUUAGAGCAUAGACUAAAAAAACAUUUUCUAAAAGAACAAGUCCGAGCAGUAAAUAAUCCAAAACUGUACAACUGUGUUUAAUCUCCACUUAAUCUCUUUUUUCUGUCCAAUUAUUAAUCCGUUAAUCCAUAAACAGAUCUGAACUUUCCUCAUGUUGACGUUAGAAAUUAGUUUUUAUCUGCAGAUUCAUCUUUACUAGAAAUGAUCGAACUAAAGGUCACAUUUUAGGAAAUGAAAUGUUUUUAUUUAAAAAAUAAAUGUCAUUAUUUGUUAAUUUGCAUCUAUUAAUGUAUUUCUAAUAUAGAAUCUGCUGAAUGUGCCAGUUUUUCUGUCUGAUUGUCAGAAUAAUCAAUAGAGUAAUUAAUUACUAAAUAAUUACACAAAAGGAACAUUAAAUAUGUUACAAGCUU